UGUGCGAGGCGUGAGGUGGAGAUGGGGGCGGAGGGAGCCGGAGCUGUCACAGGCCCCGCGUCCGCCUGAGCGAGCCAAGUGGGGUGUCAUGGCCGCGGGGGGCAGCGGCUGCACUUCCUCUGCUGGCAGCGGCGGCUGGGGAGUUAGUCCUCGACGCACGGGUCGGUCCCGUUUCCUUCAGUGCGGCGGCCGGCGGGACCAUAAGGGCUUAACUCAUAUAUUUAACCCCCCUCCAAAAAGAUUUGAAAGUAUUCUUGAAGGGCUGUUUGGACCUGCAUUAUUAAAAGAUCUCAGUUUAAUUAAAGAGUGUGAACCCGAAAGCAUUUCUGAUUGGGCUUUUGAUGAGAAUUGUUUGUUCUGUUGCUUGAGAAGAGAUAAAGUAAAGGGAUACUUAGUCGGUCUGGAUGAACCAGCUUCCGGAGCUGGACAAGAAGCUUUGCUUAAACAAGAGCACGCAAAAGUCACUCGACUCCAGAGACAAACAGAAGAGUUCCUCAAUGCAGUCUUUUAUAGAAAAGACAGUCCCUGGGUCUCCGACCCCAAUAUUCCCCUAGUGGCCCGUGAGAUCAUGCAGCGAAUGAUCCAACAAUUUGCUGCUGAAUAUACCUCAAAAAAUAGCUCUACUCAGGACCCCGGCCAGCCCAAUAGCACAAAGAACCAAAGCCUGCCGAAAGCAUCUCCAGUCACCACCUCUCCCACCGCUGCAACUACUCAGAACCCCGUGCUCAGCAAGCUUCUCAUGGCUGACCAAGACUCACCUCUGGACCUUACUGUCAGAAAGUCUCAGUCAGAACCUAGCGAACAAGACGGUGUACUUGAUUUAUCUACUAAGAAAAGUCCAUGUGCUAGCAGCACUUCCCUGAGCCAUUCUUCAGGCUGCUCCAGUACUCAAGGGAACGGGCGACCUGGGAGACCCAGCCAGUACCGCCCAGAUGGACUUCGGAGUGGUGAUGGGGUACCUCCAAGAAGCUUACAGGAUGGAACCAGGGAAGGUUUUGGACACUCCACAUCACUCAAAGUUCCACUGGCUCGAUCCCUGCAGAUUAGUGAAGAGCUACUGAGCAGAAACCAAUUGUCCACAGCUGCCAGCCUUGGGCCGUCUGGAUUACAGAAUCAUGGACAGCACUUAAUAUUAUCCAGGGAAGCCUCUUGGGCAAAACCUCAUUAUGAAUUUAACCUCAACCGCAUGAAGUUCAGGGGAAAUGGUGCACUCAGCAACAUCAGUGACCUUCCUUUUCUUGCAGAGAACUCUGCCUUUCCAAAAAUGGCACAUCAAACAAAACAAGAUGGAAAAAGGGACAUGAGCCAUUCAUCUCCUGUAGAUUUAAAGAUACCACAAGUUCGAGGAAUGGAUCUUUCUUGGGAGUCUCGCACUGGUGAUCAAUACAGCUAUAGCUCUUUGGUAAUGGGUUCACAAACGGAGAGCGCGCUUAGUAAAAAAUUAAGGGCUAUUCUUCCAAAACAAAAUAGAAAAAGCAUAUUAGAUGCUGGACCUGAUUCUUGGGGCUCAGAUGCUGAGCAGUCUACCUCUGGACAGCCAUAUCCCACGUCGGAUCAAGAAGGAGACCCUGGCUCCAAGCAGCCUCGGAAGAAAAGAGGGCGUUACAGACAGUACAACAGUGAGAUACUGGAGGAAGCAAUCUCGGUGGUUAUGAGUGGAAAAAUGAGUGUUUCCAAAGCUCAGAGUAUUUAUGGGAUUCCCCACAGUACACUGGAGUACAAAGUAAAGGAGAGGCUGGGCACUUUGAAAAACCCUCCAAAGAAAAAGAUGAAAUUAAUGAGGUCGGAGGGGCCAGAUGUUUCUGUAAAGAUUGAAUUAGAUCCCCAGGGAGAGGCAGCACAAAGUGCAAAUGAAUCAAAAACUGAGUAGGAAUACUGUAGAGUGCCAAUUACUGUACAAACUGGGUGAGCACUACUGCAUCAUUGUUCAGCUGUCACUGCUGCACCUGGCUUCAUUACUGUGACACGCUUCUUUGCAGGUUUUGCAUUGACUUGUGCACAGAGGUGAAAGGUGCAUUCUGAAUGUUGCAUAUUUUAAAUUUCCAUGUGCAGUAUGGCUCGGAAUAUUGUUUGGCCUUUUGCAUGUUUCUCUACACAGAGAAUUGAGUUACCUCACAGAGACCAGAUACAUGGAAGUGGACUCCUUGCCUGUAGAGCCUGCAUGUUUUUCCUUAUUUUCUUUUUUUCCCCUUAAGUUAUGUUUGCCUUUACUUUUAAAAAAAAGAAAAGAAGAAGGAAAAGAAGAAAAAAAAGCACCCUUUUAGAAAAUUACCUCUGUUAUACUGGGAGCUUUGUCAUUACAAAUUGGAAAGCCAUCUUACAAAAAUAUUCACAUUUUUCUUUGAUUCAACUAAUUGAAGGUUUAAGCUAAAACAAAUGAUGAACCUUUGACAUUAAGAAAUUUGGUUUCUCGAUAAAUACUUGGGUUAUUUAUAAUUAUACUUUAUUAUUUCCUUAUCAUUAUUAAAUUUACUUACUAAAUUAGCAAUGUCUUAGUGCUCACCCAGAGGGGAGGCGGUGGAGAUGUGCACACACUACCUUCAAAAAUGUUUCAGUUCAUUGCUUGGAACACUACCUUUGCUGUAAUUUCAUUUGAGAUUUCCUAAGGGUAGAAUUUGCUCUCACCAACAAGUGAGAUUAUAGCCUUAUCUCAUGGAGGACGCGCUCCCUUCUUACUCAGGAGCAGUCAGGGUACAUUUCAUAAACAAUGGAGGAUGCCUCGUUUUUGCAAACUUAGGUUUCUUUAUAUUUUUCAGUGGUUUUAUAGAAGUGGUCAUGUAUUAACCAACAACUGAGUAUUGUUGCGGCCAGUAGUUUUAAGAUAUCCAAGCUGUGUUUAUUGGAAAUCUGAGAAUAGACAAAGCAAUGUGUAUCAGUAAUUUUGGCGAAGCUAAUAUGAUGCUUAGAAUUUUUAGCCUUGAUAAUUUCUACAUAGAUGAAGGAUCUAAGUUUUUGGUAAGAAGAAAAAUCACAAUUCCAAGGUGACCUAAUAGGAUUAGGUUGCAUGUUAAUUCUGUUAUUAACUCAAUUGGUAGUUUAGCUUCCUGGAGUUUCUGUUCUUUAACUAAUUCAGAUACUGCUACAAGAUUGGGAGAGGUUGGAUUUUAGAUUUUAGUUAACUUUGUUUAACUGAAUUUCUUUUUCCCCUUGUUUUUAUGGCAUCCUACAUAAUAUCCCCUUCUUGACUUUUUCUGGUUGUUUAGCACACAUUUCAGGCCCUUUCUGAUCAUUUUUGUGUAAGCACUCCUUAAAGAACGUCUUAAGCUUUGUUUGAGAUGGGCACAUGAAAUUGCAGUAAGUUAAAUUUGGAAGAUUUAUUUUCAACAGAUAAUUGCAAGAAUACCUGAUAAGUAAAUUCAGUGGAAUUUAAUCUCUUACUAUGAUUAGGCUAAAAUUAGUAUUUUGUGCAAAGUAAAAUCCACACUACUUAUACCCUAUAUCCUAAUCUGCUGAGAAAGGUGAUCAGGCCCUUCUAAAUGCUUAGCCAAACCCCCAAAUUAUUGCCAUUUCUGAGUAAAAUAAAAUAAGCAUACAAUGAUUAGGUUAAGAUUGGUUAUUUCAGGAGAACACUAACAACUUGAGAAGUAGUAAGAAUAAGUCCAGAUAGUCACCAGGCACAAAUUCCUACUUGAGAACUUUGGACCCAUUAAUUCAGUUAGAUAACAGAUUUCACUUGCAACCUGUGUGUUCAAAGGUUAGGCACACCAUUGCUGCUGUUAAAAUUAAGACACUACUCAUUUUUUGACAUAGGUUGGGUGUGGAUUCCUCUUUUGAUUUGGUUUAUUUUGUAAAGCAAUGUUAUCAGUGGAUGACACCUGCUUCUUGGCUUUUUAGUCUCAACAGACAAAGAGUUUGGUAGUAUUAAUGUGACUGCAAGAUUUCCUGGCCUAGCUGGAAGUUGCAAUAAAAAUACAAUAUGAGAUGCAUGAUUUUCAUCUGCAGUUGAAGUUGUGUGAGGUUUGCUGAAAGCAAAAGGCUAAGCUUAAGAAGGAAAACCUCCUUUGUUCCCUCUCAGCACACAAUUAAUUGUAGCCAUGGUUCCCUUUUGCACAAUGUUUGGGCUACUCAGUAUCCCAGAAUUGUUGCAAAAAGAUCCUUUGAGAAAUUACUUUGUGCUUUUAUUCCCUCUCAGAAAGACAUCAUUAAAGGCCCAUCUAAAAAUCUGGCCCUAAAAGUUGAACUUUUGUACUUUUACUCUUCAGAGAGAGGUUUAAUCCUUGUGGUAGUUUGUAGUGAUGUAUGAGUUGAGUUAUGUAACCUUUGUCAUUGUAGUGUAAUGAGAGUGAUCAUUUUACUAACAUAAAUAUUUUCUAUGUGUGUUUCAGUGGAUGACAAUCGAGCAGCAGAAGAAUGGUGUGCCUACUCUUUAAUGCUGCAGUUUAAAUAAGAGAACUUGUAUUGUGUCAUUUCAGACUGUAGGCUGAGAGUUGUAAAUAGUGGAAAUUGAGUACUUCUAUUAUUUGUUUUGGUUAGAAAGUGAAUUUUAAAAACAAACCAAACUCUAAACUUCUCAGAUUAAAGUCCUGAGACCUGAAGAUUGUAAUAUUCAUGUCUGUGAAGCUUUUAACAUUACACUUGAUCAGUCAUGACUUGAUAUUCAGGUAAAUUUUCUUUUCCAAGAAGCUUUUGAGUAAGCUUAUUUUCCUCCAAAGGUUGGUUGGCUGGUUUCUUUCUCUCCUUUUUUCUUUCGCUGUUGUUUUGUUAGAGUGUAGGUUGUUUUAAAGCACUAAUUGCAUUACAUUGGUAACUGCAAUAUAAAAUAGCCAUUAUUGUUUUGUGAAGCAUGGUUGAAAUUAGAUAGUGGUCCCUUUUAAAAUUCAUGAGCCUCUCGAAAAAAAAAACUUAAAAAAAGACAAAAGCUGCUGAAUAUUUCAAAAGAUAUAUAUUUUACCUUAUUGUAGGUUUGUAAAGUUAGUUUGUAAUAUUCAGGUGCACUUUUAAUGUUAAACUUUGUGUUCAGAGUUCCAUUAUACUACAUAUUUCUUGGAGGUGGCUGCCAGUCUUCAUACCACAGUGGUCCCUUAAUAUUUGGUUUCUCUCUUGAUUUGCCACUAUGUUGUAUGGCACUUUCAGUGUAGAUAUUCUAAUUUGGAGACGUCCUCAUACAUGUGUGGUGGAGAUUGGUCUACUUGCAUGCUUAAUUUCUGCUAAUCAGAGUUUUGAAUGGCCCAAACAACAGUUGACCAUUUUUAUGGUAUGGGAAAGUAUAGUUCACAUCUGCCUGUCACAAAAGCCUUUUUUUCUCAUAUUUCCAGUAAGGCAAAUGAUGACAUUAUUCAAAUUACAUUACAUUAUUUGAGCUAAUGAUAGGAAAUAAUAUAUUUAAAAUAAAUUCUUGCUUUUUAGUGAGAGAACAUUACUAUCACAUACUAGAUAAGCUACAAUACUGUGACAUCAGAACCAUUAAACAGUUGUAGGAGAAAGAGAGUUGGGGGAUGGUAUUUUAUCAUUAGAAUUCUUAUUUCUGAGAGAGCAAAAUCAGGCAUGACCCAGUAGAGUAUAUUAUCUUACUUUGUUCAGCAGUCUUUCAAGUGGCUAAAUUAUUUGAUGAGCUAUACACUUUUAUUCUGCUCCCCAAAUACCAUGAAGGACAAGGUCUCUCAUUCAGGAAAAAAUAUUUAUAUUUGUGUAUAAUACUUUUAAAUAUGUUUGUUGUUAUUCUGAAGUUUAGAUGUUGCUUGAUAAACCUUUGCUGCAGCAGAUCAUGAAUAUGAGCAAGGCUUUGUGUAAUAGUAGGGUCAUUAUGUGAAGUUAAUUACUGUUCAGUUCUGGUGAGCAAGCUCAGAGGUGUGAAGUGUGUAUUAGCUUUAUUUGGUACAGUUUUACUUUACAACAUUUGAAGUGCUUUAGAACUCUGGUUAUCUUAUAAAUCAUUACCUCAACCAAUUGGCGUUUCUAUCCCCUAUGUUUUACCUUAGCUGUAAUAUGAGCUGUAUGGGAUCAGAUAGCAAAACAUUAAGUGGCACAAUUAGGUCUUUAGUUCCCAAUUUUCUGGAGAGAACUCUAACUCAGACUAGAAAUGACUACUGCUGUGGCCCGUAUCCUAACUACCUGCUGUCAUUAGGCAGUACAUGGCAACCUUUGAGCUGCUGGUGUGUUCUAUGCCUACCCCAAGCACAUGUUGCCAGACCUGGUUCUAAGCUUUUGUGAUCCUUUUACAUUGUAUUGCCCCAUGAUGAUGAAACUUGGACUUAUUUGGUUAUUAAAACAGAUUCUUAGUUCAGUGUCAGAACCUGAAAUUCUUUAGAGCCAUCAAAUUGUGUUACUUUAUUUGAAAGCUGUUGUAGCCUAGUAGCUUUCAUUUUGAAACAAAUGUUUGGUUCUGUAAUUCUUUAUUUAACCAAAUGCUUGAGAUUGUUUUCAUGUCUCCAUUUUUGUGUUUAUUUGGGUUGCUUUAAUUGGCGAUAGAAUAUGACAAUAGGUUGGAUUGCCCCACUUAAUAUUUUAUUAGCAGAUUGAAAAUUACAGGAAAACGUCACACAUGGGUUUUUUUUGUUUCCUUUCCAUUAGAAUUCAAUUUUUGUUAAUAUUCUGGUCAAUCCAGUAUUAUUCAAAGCUUGAUGGCUUUAGCCAAGUAGUCCAUUUAGGAGACUAUUGAACUACAGGUCUUUGAGAUUUGGUGGUGUUUGGGGCGGGGGGUGUUUUUUGGUUUGUUUUUUAAAAUCUAACUGCUUUAAAUAUAUAUAAUAUAUCUAAUUGUGGUACAAGGAACACAGACCUCCAUACUCUUUAUUUUGGACUAAUACUGUCUUUGAGACUAGAAGAUUGGUGAACAUGGUGGCAAGGGAAAAUAGAGAAAUUUCUUUCCAUAGCCUCUUUAUUCCAACUUCUGCAUUUGCCUUUUAAAGAAGCAAGCAUUAGCCCUAUGCUGUAACACAAGCUGAGUGCCGGAAAUGUUAUAAAGGGAGCUUGGAGCAAGGGCUGGAACACAAGGUGGACAGGUGUAAACUUUAAGAGAAGAGGAUAAAAAUCAGCUGCCCCUGCUGUCUUAGAUAAACUAAGAGCGAGUCUCAAGACACUGUAUAUAAAAUUGGAUAAUGUGCAUUUGAUAGGAAAAUUUUUUACUUUGUUUGAAAAUGAGAAUUGAAUCUAGUGUUUGUUUGGCAGACAGUAAACAUGAGUUAAUUUUACAACUAUUUGGGAGGUAAUUUUAAGAUUUCCAGUUCAUUUAGAGCUAUAUUCAUAAAAGAACAUGAAAAGCAAGCACUUUUAGUAAACCACAGAUUUAUUGGAUGUAGCAAAUAUUCAUAAUAUUUAACUUUUAUUGUUUGAAUGUGAAAAUGAACUCUUUAUUCCUUGAACUGUCAUUGAACAGGCUCGAGAUGUUCUCAACACUGGAAAUGACCCUACACACAUACCAAAUAACCUAAAGCAGUGAGACAUUUGAAGAUUCAUACCUCUUAAACUUCUUAGAUUUGUCUUGAAAAACAUUUUGUGAACCUAUAACCAGUAUUAGUGCAGUCUUGGGUUCCUUGUUCUGCAUAAUUGCACCCUUUCUCAGGUAUGUCCUGAAAACAUAAAUUUUUAAAUCUCUUUGGAGAUUACCAUCUCAGUGGAUAGUGUGUAAGGGGUGGGGGUGGGGG